CCUGGCGCGUCACGCCCCGCCGUACGUCCCGUGUCCCCACCGCCAGCUCCCCCUCCCACCCAUGGCCUGGCUCCCUCUCCUCCGCGUCGUCUCGCUGACUGGCGCCGUCGUCUCCGGGAUUAUCGCGCUCGGCAUCUCCGCGCACCUCCUCAACUUCACGACGUACUGGUAUGGGUUCUACUACACCUUCACCGCCCUCACCAUCGCGAGUGGGGCGUUGACGCUGGUGACGCUGCCUGUCAUGCUGGUAUUGGAUCGCUUCCGCACGGGCGCGUUCACGAGCAUGAUCGCCUUCGAGGUCGUUUGGCUCUUCGUCCUCUGGGUGCUCUGGAUCGCCAGCGCGGGCCUCGCCUCGGACGGCGUCGCGAAGGAAUUCCCGGACGGCUGCCAUUCGUACUGGACCGACAUCAACACCGCCUGCCGCGAAUUCUCUGCGAUUACGGCGUUCAACUACAUCACAUGGUUGUUCCUUUCCGCCUACCUCUGGUCCGUCUUCGCCAUCGCUAUUCGCAGCGCGCAGGGCGGCAAGUCCAUCUGGAGGUCGUCCGUCAAGGAGGAGUACGGCGCAGGAGGCGCAGUGGCAUCGGAGAAGCAGACGUACCCAACGACGGCGUACGCCCCUGCCGCGACGCAGCCUCCCGUGAGCCAAGGCUACAGCACACCGCAGCCCGCGUACAACACGCCCCAGCCGGCGCAGGGGACUUAUGGCCAGGCCCCGACGCAGUAUCCGCCUCAGGGCGCGGCGCAGGUCUGAGCGGUUGUUGGUGCUGUCUGGACGAGAACCAUGCUUGAGAUUUCGACGUUGAAUAAUGACUUGUAUUUAUCCUUGUGCUAUGAUACAUCUGUAGGCUUUCUACCCACGUUGAAGUAUGUAAACUUGCUCUGCGCUCGCACGAAUCUGCCAAGUAUAAGCCAUGAGUUACAAGUGACCUUUGAGCGUG